AUGGCAGGGCUCGUCACCAUCACCUGGCUUAAGACUCGCCGUGCACAGAAUCGCUCCUCCCCGCACUGCUUGAGCUGCACGGCUCCUAAGGGUGACAACAACGCCCAUCUCGAGAUGUUCAACAGCACCGCUCAGGUGAAAUUGAGCUUCGCUGACUCACUCAGGAACAUUUGCCAACAAUCCCUGGUACCGGUGCACUACGUCAUUGCAGUCAGCUCUUUACCGAGCGCCACCCACCACAGGAACAUCAUCCGCGCCAACCUCUGGUACACAAGAAACGCAUCAUCUAGUGUGAAGCUAAUUUUUUUCACCGGGAGGCCGAGCAAUUUGUCGCUCUUGGCACAUGUGGAGCGCGAGCGAGAUUCGAACGCCGACAUGGUGUUGGGUAACUACAUGGGCAUUCCGGAGACUGCCUCUCUGGCGACCCUCGUGCUGCUUCGCUGGGUGGAUGAGUUCUGUACGGCUGCUCCCUUUGUGAUAAAAAUCACUGACCAGGGCCGCGUGAAUGCACGCUUUCUUCAAGCAUCCUACGAGCUCAACGUGAAGCUCGCGGAGGAGCUUGACAUGUUCGGUUCCUUCGUUUCUCUUCAUGGCGAUCCGUGCAGUGAACCCCCGGCCCAGCACUCAGUCAGGAGAUGCCCGGACCACGGUGGCUUUCUUUCCGGUUGUGCGUACAUGCUGACACGAAGGGUCGUGCGACCACUUCUCAGAGCCUCCGACACUCAUCCGCCGGUUCUUCCUGAAGACGUGUACGUGACAGGAACAUUGGCCGAAGCCAUUGGCGCGAGGAGAGGAGAACCAGCUAGCUUCGAAGGCUGCUAUUACUCAUAUGUCAAAGCAAUGUCGUUCGUUCCCCAGAGUGCGUAUUACUGGCUUAGGGACCGACUGCUCAUUUCGUGGACGAAGCUGUCGCUGUUUUGGCAGGAAAUACAAUAA